AUGCGAGUCAUGUCGCUUCCCAUGGCCGCUCGUCCCUUAAUUGAUGCCCCAAAGCAUUGGCCCGCAUGCCCCUGGUUCGUGCUUUUUCCCGAGGCACGAUCAAGGCAUCUCGCCGACCUCAAGAAGAAGAAGGAGGCCUGGGCACAGCUCGUCCUGGUGGAUGUGAUCACCUGGCUCGUGCUCAAUGGGCUCGCAUCAGAGGCCAGCAAGCGACAGCUCCUGUACCAGCAAGACCUGCGGAAUCUCUGGCGGAGCGCCGCCUGCAGCGUCUUAGAAGCGCGACGAGACCCAGAGGCCUGGCUGCUUCAGGCUCGCACGAAGCUUGCGCUGGCGGAGGUCGUCAGCGACCUUGAUUUCACUGUGCCUGCAAGUUGUCCAGGCCAAGGCCAAGAGGGUCCAGCGGUACGUCUGAGGAAGGAAGCGGCCCUUCAUGUCGCCAAGGGUGCCCUGGGCGAGUGCGUGUGGAGCUCUGAAGCUGCGCGCGACCAGGCGCGUGCCGAGGCGGAGGGGAUUCUGAAGCAGUUCGAAGCAUCCCACGCGCCCUGGGAGGAGGAUGCCGACCAUGCGCUCAGCCGAGAGCAAGUGCAAGAACAAGAGCAAGAGCACGAAGAAGAAGUGGAGGAGGACCAUGAGCAGGAGGCCGAGCAGGAGGAGGAGCUGGACCGACUUCCGGAGGCACCGGCGCCGCAGAAGUAUGCCAAGGAGUCCGAGGAGGCCACGCCUUGGCCCGUGCGAGGGCUCGUCGGGAAGUCAGCUGCCCUUCCUUUCUACCCACUUGCGGACUUCGCGGUCAACAAGGGGAUCCUCAAUGAGUCCAGCCCUGCUUUGGAGGGAUUGCCUGGCUUUGUCAUGAUCAGCGAGAACCACUACCGCAGAAGUUGGCGUCUGACUUCUGUUCGGAGGCUUCGAAACGUGGCUUGCUUCCUGGAGUGGGUUCCUUCCGCUGGACGACUGAAGCGUUUCACUGUGUCUCCGUCGGCCCUGUCGCAAGAGCAACGCUUCCGCUUAAGGGAGGCAUUGGAGUUAUGCAGCGGCAGCCGAGAGGAUUGCUCUGCGGGCUUCGGCCAAGAAGAGGUGCGGGCCCUUUGCGAAGUGCUUGACCUUACCAACGAGGGUGAGGCUUACAUCGCGCGAAUGCCCACAGGCAGCCGAGUGACCCUGGCCGAGCUUGAACGGGCUUUGGGGACGCAGGACUUCUUUCGUAUGCAGGAGGGGCGGUUCUUCGUAGCCUUGGGCCUCACAGAGGCGGAGCACCUCCGUGGUGCCCUGCACCUCCUGGCUGGCCAGAGUUGGCUGCAGGACUGCUGUUUGGCUUUGAGGUGUAUCGGGUGCAAAGAGUCUGUGAAUGAAUCGCUGCUGGACUUUGUCGGGCCAGUCCGGGAGAGUGCAGAGCUGGGGUUUCAGCUUCAGGCAGCAGAGCAGCUUCUGCGCUUCUUGAACAGUGCGGAGGACUUCCAGGCAAGGGAAGUCAACGUGCUGCUUCGCUCAAUGCAGCUCACCCGAACGCAGGACCGCCUCCCCUGGUGGCUAGAUGUUCGUGCGUGCCGCCGCCGAGCUCACAGACACUGGAACCGUUUGGCCGUGUCGAAAGUCUUCAUGCAGAUGGACGAGUUUGAAGAUUGGGCUACCAAGGCUCUGCUUCUGCGCGUUCGCUGGGCCCUGGCCGCACAGCGCCUUUGGCCUAGCGACGCCUUUCGCUUUAUGGACACUUCGAACAAUGGCUGUCUUCAGAGAAGGGACCUGGCAGCGGGCCUGGAGAGCUUGGGGGUGCGUAGUGAGGGGUUGAACGACGCUCGCUGGAUGCAGCAAGUGACCAACUUGUUCCGAUGGAUUGCGCAGGAGGGGCGGGAGGUGAUCUUUUUGGAAGACUUCCGUACUGCCCUGGAGCAGCGCGACGCAGACCUGGAGGGCUUCUCUGCAGCCUCUCCGGCUUCACGGGCCUCGGGCAACGCGUCAGAAGGUAAAGACUCUGCAUUGACCAAGACGCCGCGACAGGCCGAUCCCCUGACACCAUCCGCUUCGCCAAAGAAGCCCUCGGCCGGGGAAGGGGGGCCCAGCACUGCCACAAAUCUCCCGCUCGCCACACCGGCGGCAGUGGCAGCAGCAGUGACAGCUGCCAAGACCAUCGAGGAAAUCCCGGCGUCCGGCACUGCCACACCCUCGCCAUUGGCGAGACCGCGUACGCCAAGCUGCUCUCCGGAGGGCGGCGUCUAUCGGCUGUCACCAGACAUGUGCCGGCAGCUUUCAGCGGGCCGGUUCAAGCACAAGUGGCAGAAGCAUUCGGCGUUCCAUGCUAUAUGGUUUGCAAAUGACGCGGGCGCCAAGCCCUCCCUCGUGGUCUGGGCACCCGUUGAGCUCGUUCCACGCGGGAAGUUUCUGGGCGUAAAGCGAGGCUCCCACGCCGUCAAGGAGCGGCUAUCAUUUGGCCACUAUGUUAGCAUGAGCCCUACACCUCCCACAGUGGAGUUGCUGGAGGUUACCGACGAGCAGUACAGCGGCUUCUUCGCGAAGCACCCGCGGGAUGAGCUUAAUCGCUUCCUGGACACAUUCUUUCCACACCCGAUUCGCUUCCGUCAAGUUUGGCAUCUCAAAGAAACCGCACUGAAGUUCGUGUACAUGUGGGCACCAGUGCCUCCAUCGGCGGACUUUGUAGCAUGCGGCAUGGUCUGCACCACUGACGAUGAGGCCCCAUCGCUGCAAGAGGUGCGGUGCCUUCCGAGGCUUUGGGCGGAGCGUAGCCCUGCCAGUCGCGCCGUCCAGGUUUGGUGCGCAGUGGGCGAGGAAGGCUUGGCGGCUUCCGCGUGGUUGCCAGGCGGAGAAGGCACCGGGUUCUUGCAGCUCUCGACGGGGGCAGCGGUGGAGGUUGCCCCAGAGUUGCAGCACAUGCAACAACGCAACAGGAAGUUCUAUGCUUCCCUCCCGCAGACGGAGUAA